AUAUUCAAUAAUUAAUAUACAGUAUUCAUGGGUAACUACUACGAUAUGUUCUUGUACUAUGGCUGCCUUCUUCUCCUCCUCCUGCUACUUGCAGCCAUCGCCAAUGUCUUCUGGCUCUCUCCGGCAGCUACCUGGCGCAGGCUCCAAAGGAACGGCUUUUCUGGCCCUUCUCCAUUUUUCCCCUUCGGAAAUCUCAUGGAAAUGAGCAAGGAGAACACUGAAAGGCCCCCUAAUAUCCUGCACGAUAUACACUCCUCUGUCUUCCCCUAUUUCUCCAGAUGGAGCAAAGCUUACGGAAAGGUUUUCAUUUACUGGCUCGGCACGGAGCCUUUCUUGUAUAUCGCCGACCCCGAGUUCCUCAAACUCGCCACGGCUGGUGCGAUGGGCAAGAAAUGGGGCAAACCCAAUGUGUUCAAGCUCGACAGAGAGCCCAUGUUUGGACGCGGCCUUGUCAUGCUCGAAGGCGAAGAUUGGGCUCGCCACAAACAAAUCAUUGCCCCAGCAUUUUCCGCCACCAAUCUCAAGAGAAUGAUAAGGGUGAUGGAGGAGACGACGCAGAAGUUAUUGGAGGACUGGAGCGACGAGGUGGCGGCUGGCCGGCAUGAAAUAGACGUGGAGAAAGGCAUCGCCAAGAACGCGGCGGAGAUCAUAGCCAAGACCAGCUUCGGCGUCGGCCAAGAGAAAGGGAAGCGGGUGUUCCAGAAGCUGCAGCUGCUGCAGCAGAUGCUGUUCCGGUCCGGCCGCCUCGUCGGAGUCCCAUUAGGCCACAUCCUGUGCGCCAAGAAGGCCUACGACGCCCGGAGGCUGGGGAAGGACGCCGAUCGGCUUCUCCGCGACAUCAUCCAUUCCCGACGACAGAAAAACAGUGAUUCAAUGCCGGAGCAGGGGCAUGACCUGCUCGGAGGGCUCCUCGAGGCCGGGGAUAGAGAUGGGAGAGGGAGGAAGUUGACGGCCAGGGCGCUGACCGACGAGUGCAAGACCUUCUUCUUCGCUGGCCACGAGACCACCGCGCUGGCGCUGUCUUGGGCCCUGUUCUUGCUGGCUCUGCAUCCAGAGUGGCAGAGCAUUCUCAGGGAAGAGAUCGCGCGAGUUUCCGGCGGGGGUCCUUUCGACUCCGACAUGCUCUCCAAGCUAACAAAGAUGGGGUGGGUGUGGAACGAGGUGCUCAGGUUGUACUCGCCGGCGCCGAACGUUCAACGGCAAGCGAGGGAGGAGGUCCGCGUCCGCGACGUGGUGAUACCCGUGGGGACGAACAUGUGGGUCGACGUGGUGGGCAUGCACCACGACCCAGAGCUGUGGGGCGAUGACGUGAACGAGUUCAGGCCGGAAAGGUUCGAGGAGGACCGGAUCUACGGUGGGUGCAACCACCGGAUGGGGUACUUGCCGUUCGGGUUCGGGGGUAGGACCUGCGUGGGGCGCAACCUCGCCGCCAUGGAGUUCAAGGUCGUGCUCAGCCUAGUCCUUCGCCGGUUUUUCCUGUCGGUUUCACCGGCGAACGAUCACGCGCCGCGGAUCAUGCUGUCACUCCGGCCUUCUCGCGGAGUGCGUCUCAUUCUUCACAACGCUGAAGACUAGCAAAGUUAGAAUUAUUUGCACUAGUUUUGAAACAGAGUCGUCAUAUUCAGAUGGCAUUAUCCUUCAGCUGAUGUGAAAUUAAUUGAAAUUAUUAUAAAAAUAUAAAGAAAAGAUAAAGUUUAUAUGUAUACCGA